CACCCACCACUUACCCUUCCCACCUCAAUUUUCCCUUUGCCCCCCGUUGACAUCAUAUUUCCUCACCACCUCUCUCCAUUUCUACCUCAAUUCACCACCGCUCAUAUUCCUCUGGAUUCCCCGGAGAUGCAAGGCCUACGGCGUUGCUCCAACGACGUCGUCCACCUCGGCCUAUCCUCCGCCCCGACCCGCCCCCCACCCUCCCCCCCUCCCCCAAACCAUUCUUCUUCCACCCUCUCCAUCGACGUCGCCGAGUCCGCUGAGACCCGCAUCCGCCGCCUCAUCUCCGAGCACCCUGUCAUCAUCUUCAGCCGAAACUCCUGCUGCAUGUGCCAUGUCAUGAAGAAGCUCCUCGCCACCAUUGGCGUCCACCCCACCGUCAUCGAAUUGGACGAUGACGAGAUCGCUGCUCUCCCCCACGACGACCAAGAACAACAACAGGCUUGUAAUACUCCGCCCGCCGUCUUCAUCGGAGGCACGUGCGUCGGCGGCCUCGAGUCCCUCGUCGCCCUCCACCUCAGCGGCCACCUCGUCCCUAAACUCGUCCAAGUCGGUGCCCUCUGGGAGAAAUAGAGAGCUUGUUUUCAAGAUUUGUAGUAGGAUGAAGCACAAGAUCUCGAUGCGACAGUAUUCACACAAAUAUGUUAUAUCGGAACAUAAUUAGUUUGAAAUAACGUCACAAUAACUUCCUUCGGAAGGAAGUUGAUAAUCUCUCUUUCAGUGUCGUAUACGGGAGAUGUUUACUAAAUUACGUACAUCGAUCGCUUCUGAUCCACGUUCGACGACUUCUAUCUGGAUUCUAAACAGUCUCUCUCUAGCCAGUAGCCUGGUCCCAGUGUGGGGUCUUUGAUGAUAAAUUAGCAAUUAUUGGAGCAUCAGGACCGUCCGAUGUGUGGACUUCCUGGUUAGGUAUGUAGCUCUCUCGAUCUCUGUCUAGCUCAUAGCUCUCUGUGGGUUCUGGCAAUGGAAUGUGAUUGUAUAAUUGUUGUCGUUUCUUAAUAUUAUAGAUUGUAAAUUUUGUCGUUUUUUUACUUAAGAUAAAAAAGGAGGUUAAUUAAUUUAAGAGAUUUUAUAUUU